AUGGAUGAAUUUGAAGGCUGGACUUCGUGGCUCGAACCAGCGUGUUUACUGUGGGAACCUGGUUGUUGUGGCUAUGUGAGACCUCCAUACAUGACUCGGGCCGAGGAUGAUGAUAAGUACACACCAGAUGAAGAACUUGCCAACAUGGCCCAACAAGUCAAUAAGAGCGAUGGGUUUGAUAUCGAUUUCUCGAAUUUCCGCUGUGUUUUCAACUACCAUCCUGUUAUUCUCAAUAUACAACAAUUCAUUGACGAGCCAGAAACCGAUGAGGAUUUACUCAACAGGCUCUCUCAGGGAUCCCUUGAUGGAUACAACAAAGAAAAUAAGACAGAAUUUAAGUUUGUCAAGGUUGUUCGAGCCAACUAUCACUGGGCUUCUGCGAUAAUGUUUCUCAUAACAUUUCAAGUUAAGGAUCCUUAUGAUGACCUGAUCAAACUCUUCCAAGCAAGGGUACGCUACGCUGAGGAUAUCAUGCUUGAGUAUGUCUUCUGCAGGCCGGAACCCAUCAAGGAGAUUUUUAGUAUUUGGUUUGUUUUGCUAGUGAAAUGUGUUGGGACUGCCAAGACUGAUGUCAAGAAAGAUGCCGAGAAAGAUGCCAAGAAGCAAAGAUUGGAGUAG